AUGCUAAUUGAUUUCUCUUGUGGGCUGACUGCCGAGAGUUUGGUUGUGUUGUUUGUUGCUCGGUUUAAUCACGGUGUCCGGAUUUUCGUAGCGUUCUGCGCAAGAAUACGUGCUACCAUGGAUGUUGUAACUGGGAGUACAUUUGCAAAGGAGUAUAGAUCUGCAUUAGGGGAGCUCGUGUCUAAUAAUAAGACUCAGAUCAAUCUACUUACUAUAUUGGCAGAAGAUUACCAGAGUCAUGCUUCCGAGAUCGUUGCUGCUAUAGAAAAUCAUAUUUAUUCUUGCAAUAUUGAAAGUAAAUUACCUAUAUUGUAUGUAAUUGAUUCCAUUCUGAAAAAUAUACCAAGAGCCCCUUAUAAAGAAUUGUUCAGUAGUAUAAUAAGUAAAAUUUUUUUACACAUAUUUAUUAAUGGAGACGAGAAAGUUCGUUCUUGUUUAUACCGAGUGAGACAAACUUGGACUCAAAUUUUCAAUCAAUCCUUGUUAUAUUAUUUGGAUUUGAGUGUGAAAAGAGAGGAUAAUGCGUGGCCUGUAACUGCUGUUGUUCCUGAAGCGUCGACUAGUCAAAGCGGCGGGAAUAAAGUUCUUGCAUCAGAUAGUCAGAGCAGCGGAAAUAGAAAUAAUGUCUCGGAUAGUCAGAGCGGCGGGAAUAAAGUACAUGUGAAUCCUAGAUUUAUUCAAGAAAACAAGGCUCGCGAUCCUCGUGUUUCGAAGAAAAAGGAACAGAAAGAGAAUGGAACGAACGAUUUGAUAGAAACUAUUCUUGGUCAUCGAAGUCCUCUUGUUGAAUCUUCUCCAAACCCUGGAAGCUCACCAAUUGGAGCUAAGCGGAAACUACCAGAUAACAACAAUUACCAUGACCGGAAAAAGAAAAGAUCUCCUGUGCCACAAAGGGAAAGAAGACAGCGUCAUGAUGAGCGGCAAUCAAAUAGACACGACGACAGAAGACAUGAUCGUGAGCGUGAGCGAGACCGUGAACGCGAUCGUGAACGUGAACGAGAGCGGGAGCGUGAGCGUGAACGGGAACGUGAGCGAGAGAGAGAACGAGAAAGAGAACGAGCUCGCGAAAUUGAAAAGAAUGUGGUUGCUUCUACUGUUCUACCAGGAUCUCAUGCGUUCAGUGCGCCUAUCAUUGCCGUUGCAAGUAAUACUCCCCCUUAUCUGCCACAUUCCGCAGCUAGUUUUGUUCCCCCGAGUGCUUCUGAAUUACCCGCUCCGGUAACUGCACCUCCUGCUUCUUUUUAUCCCAAUGCUGCUCAACCAGGUGCUCAAUCCUCAUUCGGUAAUCCCUCCCAGCUUAAUUCUGGGAGAUCUCCUUUCCCUACCGGUUUUGUCCCUCCAAAUCCUACACCGUUGGCACAGCCAGUACAAAUCACUAACGACACUGUACGGUUGGAUGGGAUCCCUGCUAAUAAUAGAAUUUUUGUUGACGGAAAAGCUCAUGAAGUUUUUUACAUUGAGAAUACAGCUGUGAUAGAGAGAAAUGGUCUACCUCAUAGAAUCUAUUUCUCCGGAACGCCUAGAAAAGUAGUUAUUGAUAAUACCCCAUAUGAACUUGCUUUUGAUGAAGCAAAGACUGUGUACAUUGAUGGUCUCCCACAUAUCUUACGUUUUGGCGCCCCUAGUCGGGAGCUUUAUAUGGGUGAUUUUGCAUUCAAGGGUCAAUUUGGAGGUCCACCAAUCAAUGCCACAAUUAAUGGAAAGCGACAUCAAAUCCGUUUAGCCGGACCAGCUCCUGAAGUCAAAAUUGAACCGGAUCCAGCUCACGAUCUAGCGAGGUUUAUGCCAAGUGUACGUGAUAAAGUUAUUGAGAAGAAGCCAUUUGAAACAUCAUUCGGACAUAUCGAGAAAAUUCUUUCGUUUAUCCAAAAUAGGAAGCCUGCUCCUGUUAAGGUGGAAACUAAGCCAGCAGUUGUUCACACUGUUUCACGCCGUGAGAACACUCCACCUAUAUCUAGUGGCCAUUCAUUCGAUAAAAUCAUGAGAGCUUCUGCACCUGCUUCCUCACUACGCGAUUUCUCGAUGCAAACCUUGAAAGUCCGGUAUGACGCCAUAGUUGAAGCUAUUCAUAUGAAGCAAAGGAACGCUUGCCCACAUUGUGGUUUGAGAAUGGAACUCAAAGGACCUAAAUACGAUAGACAUUUGGAUUGGCAUGUAAAGAAAAGACUGGAUACUCUGGAUAGAACUAGCGCUAGCCGGCCAUGGUAUCCUGCUAACAAGGAGUGGCUGAAGAAGGAGAACGAACCUGAAACAGCAUCAAAUGAGCCUGCAGGAGGAGAGCAUAACGAUGAAGCUAUUUAUUCGGGUCCUGCAGUUGUUUCAAAUGAAGCUUCAAGCAAAGAAUGUGAUGUUUGUGGGGAAACGUUCGAGGAGUACUUUGAUGAGCAUGAUGAUUGUUGGAAAUAUAAGAAUUGUGUGCUAAUGGACGGCAGGGCAUACCACUCCAGCUGUGCACAGGACGCAUCCAGGAUCGACCUAUCUGUGAUAUCACUUGAUAAUGAAAGUAAUGCAAUUGUUCCAGAUAUGAAGCCGUUAAAUAAUUUUUCAAGUUAG